AUGUGCAUCCUGAAGCCAUGGCUACAGCUUCUGAUGGGUGCUGCGGUUGUGGUCGGCCGGACCACAGAUGCGCUUCAUCGCAUCCGCACGCUGCUGGCCGAUGUUGAGGCGAAUGCCAAGGAGCUCUUUGAAGCCGGCAGCUUGGAUGCCGCGGCAGCCCGAGGGCUCACAGAUGCCUUGGCGGGCGCGGAGAGGAAGCUGGCUAAGGAGACGAGCUCGGAGGGUCAGGAGCUCUACUUCAUGUCGCGGAUCCUCCGGGGCACGAUCUACCAGCAGGCCUUCGGCUUCGAUGACCAGGAAGUAGAGACAAGGGAUGCCUACACGCUGUCGAAUGCCCGGUUUUGGGAAGACUACUACAAUUCAACCGACCUCGCGGCCUUCGACUGGUAUGGCUCCUGGAACACCGAGGCAUUCUGGCUCGAGGAUUGGAGGACAGAGCGCCUGGGUGCAGUACUGCAGACGUAUUUGCGCCCAUCUGCGAACAUCUUGGUUCUGGGCUGCGGGCGCUCGGACCUUUCUGAGCGAAUGUACCUGGCAGGCUACCAGAACAUCACGAACAUUGACAUCAGCAUCUCGCUACUCAAGCGCCUGGAGGGCACCCUGGGGCCCUCACUUCCGGGAAUGUCCUGGAAAUGGAUGAACGUAUCCGCAAUGUCUGCCGACUCCUCCUCCUUCGACAUCGUCGUGGAAAAGGGCACCUACGACUCCCUUCAAGAGAAUCCAGGAUUGCUGCAGGCUGCAUCUGCCGAGACGCACCGCGUUCUGCGCGACGGUGGGCUGCUGAUCUCCAUCACGGACACGCCGCCCGACCGGCGCCUCGAGCAGCUGCGACCCCAGCGUUGGCAAAGCUGCGUGUCCCACAGCGGCAACAUAGACACCACCAGCGGGCAAAAGGACCUUUUCGUGCACGUUUGCCGGAAGCCCACGUCUACCGGAUGGUUGAACUGGCUCUGGAGGCGGCUAUUUCCUUCCCUGCGGGCUGGUAGCCGCGAGCUUUGA